AUGGUGAACUUCAUCUCGAUUCUGCUCAUGGCCUUCGCAGCUACAGUGGGUGUUGUCCGAGGGGUCAGAUUGGAGGACCAUCCUGUCUGGUGGGUUGAGCAUCCAGUGAGCUCGCCCGAGAAGCUUCAGCGGCUCGUGACAACCAGGCUCUUAGCCCCUGGCCCCACCUGGCCUGGCCUGGCCCCCCCUCGCCCGGUCCCGGUCGUGGCCACAGCUGAGGGCCCAAAGGAAGAGCCCAGCGAUUCCGAGGCUCAUGAGCGGGCACUUAGGGAUUUGGUUUUCCGCAUCAAGCAGCUCUGGCAGAGUAAUAGUGCAGACGCUUGCCAUCAGCAGCUCGGGCAUCUGAUGAACAAUCUCACCCUUGCAUGCGAAGCUUUGCAGCCAACAGCCGACUGGCUUCUCGACUAUUAUCCUGCCCAGCCGAAGAAGACCUGCGCCGAGAGCGUCAGCGACAUCUUUGUUUUAGGGAACGAGCUUGUCGAGACACUCCAGGUCUCCAGACAUGCCGUCGCUUCCUUCGAAGUGCCGAACUUGAAGACUCGCCUUCGGUAUCAGGCCCUUUCCUUUCUCAGAAGAUGGCUAGUAACGCUCGCCCGGACUCAUCAUCAUGCGUUGCUUUGGGCCGGCUUCUGGGAUGGUGACCCCCAGCAGCGCACGACGAAGGCGACGCUCUCCAACUUUGCCAAGGCCACAGAUCACGCCACCGUGCACCCGGAUAGCUUCCUCGGCCAAGCCAUCGAGGCGAGCCAGAACCUCGGUGCUUGUUACAAGGAUGCGCAGACCAGCGCGCUUGCCGGAAACAUGUGGUCAAUCGCAAGCAUGAGCUUCGUGCUCGGGAUGCGGGAGAAGGCACAAGGAACGGUCAUCGCUCUGGUGAACAAGCAGAUCACGGGGGAACGUAACUUGUCGCAGUCCGUGCUGUCCACCCAUGAAAUCCCAACAGUGGGCCUUGCAGCCUGGGGGCUCGGGUUCUGGUCUCCGAAAGUCAUCCUCGUGGACCUCAUGGGCACCUGUGACAAGACGAGCCCCGCCCUGCAGAAGCAGCUCCUUGCCCGCCUGCCCUCUUGGGCCAGCGCAAUGAGGACCUGGAGCCCGGCAGCCUUCGCGACGAGGUCGCGGCUCCAGUGGCAGUGCAUCGACUGCUCGGGUGCUUGCAGCUUGGACAGGGCCUUGGCAGAGCACGUGAGGAAGCUGGUCAAGGCCAAGGAGGAGCAAGACCGCAAGGACCAAGAACUGCAAAAGGUCGUGAGCCCUCGCGUGGCAGGCUUUGCCGCUGCAGGGCUGGGCACAGAGGAGGCGACGGUUGGCAACAAGCUGGCACAGACUCUGCGAGGUUUUGGCAGGUGGCAGCAAGCAGAGGAGGUCAAAGGACGCACAGAGCAUCUGCUCCAGAAGCUGUCGAGCAGCUUGCAAGGGCAUGCGGAGCUUGGGGCUGAUCUUCAUCUCGGCGGCCCGGCGAUGCUGCUGCGGGUGAGGCAACUCUUGCAGCAGAAUGCUGAUCCAAACGCUCCAGGUCGGCUCGGCAAAACAGCCCUCAUCUGCACUGCACUAGAGAACGGACACCUGGAAGUGGUCGAGGCGUUGCUGAAGGCAGGAGCUCAGACGGAGGCCCGGGACGAGAAUGGCGGCACCGCCCUCAUCACCGCAGCAAGCAAGCUCUCGAGCAAUCUGAAGGUGGUCGAAGCGUUGGUGAAGGCUGGAGCUCAACUGGAUGCCCGCAGCGAUAACGGCUUCACAGCCCUCAUGUCUGCUGCAGAAAUUGGGCACGUCAAAGUGGUCGAGGCGCUGGUGAAGGCGGGAGCCCAGCUGGAGACCAGGAGUGAGAGGGGAUUCACAGCUCUCGGCGGUGCUGCAGAAGAAGGAAACGUUCAGGUGGUUCAGGUGCUGGUGAAAGCAAGAGCCCAGCUUGAGGCCCGGACCAAGGAUGGCUCCACAGCCCUCAUCCGAGCAGCAGGUGCUGGCCAGUUGGCCGUGCUCCAGGUGUUGGUGCAGGCCGGAGCCCAGCUGGAGCCACGCAACGAGAAAGGCGUCACGGCCCUCCUUUCUGCUGCAUACCAAGGACAGUCGGCGUCGGUGGAGGCGUUGGUGAGGGCCAGAGCCCAGCUGGAGGCCCGCGUUCAGGAGGGCAGCACAGCACUCACCAUUGCGGCAUUCCAAGGGCAUCUGGCAGUGGUCGAGGUGUUGGUGAAGGCGGGAGUUGAGCUGGAGGCCCGGAGCAAGGAUUCCACAGCCCUCAUGUGUGCUGCCGGCAACGGUUACUUGGAAGUGGUCCAGGUUUUGGUGAAGGCCAGGGCAGAGAUGGAGGCCCGCGAUGAGAAUGGCUCCACAGCCCUCUCCACGGCUGCAGGCCGUGGCCACACGAAGGUGGUCGAAGCCUUGCUCAAGGCAGGAGCCCCUCCAAAAGUCCGAGAUGAGUUUGGCAAGACAGCUUUCGACCAUGCAGAAGCCACAGGGCACCCGGACAUUGCCGACAUCCUAAAUGAAGCAUCUCGCGGCCUAGUAAGGCCCUAG